UCACACGGAUUCUGCAAUAUUCCUAAUUUCCCAGCGCUGCGCCCUAAAUGCCCACGGAGUCCAUAUCUCACCACGAGUGACUCCAUUUUCUUUUUUCUUUUCUUUUCAAAAGAGUUGGUUAAACGGGGCUUUUUUUGGUUCCAUGUUCUGCCCUGGCCAUGGGAGAUUAUAAAGAGCCGACCAUGGUGCAGAGGUCGAGUUCAUUUAGCAUCAAGAGCCUCCUGCUGCCGUCCAGGUUUGACAGCCAGGGCGCAGAGGUCGCGGAAAGCAGCGCAAACUCCUCGGAACCGACCGAAAUGAAAUGCUCCACAGCCGUGCAGCAGCGGGGUGAGGAGGAGGAGGAAGAGGAGGAGGACUCGGGACCGGAAGCGGGGCGAAAAAGCGGCAAACCACAAGACAAGCCGCCGUUCAGCUACAACGCGCUCAUCAUGAUGGCCAUCCGCCAAAGUCCCGAGAAGCGGCUCACGCUCAACGGCAUCUACGAGUUCAUCAUGAAGAACUUCCCGUACUACCGGGAGCACAAGCAGGGCUGGCAGAACUCCAUCCGACACAACCUGAGCCUCAACAAGUGCUUCGUGAAAGUACCGCGCCAUUACGACGACCCGGGGAAAGGGAACUACUGGAUGCUGGAUCCGUCCAGCGACGACGUGUUUAUCGGUGGAACUACGGGAAAGCUCCGGAGGAGGUCAGCCACAUCGCGGGGGAAACUGGUGAUGAAACGAGGCCUGCGUUUCGCCCCGCUCGGACUCGGGCUCGGACUCGGAGAGCGCGCGAGCAACCCGCUUUGCUGGCGACUGUCUCCGUUUCUUCCCUUACCGCCUCACGGGCACUACAACGGACCCGCGCACGGCUUUCUGAACCAAGGACACGCGUACGGCUCUCUGCUCCCGAGCAUGGAGCCCAUCACCACCAGUGGAGACAUCACCCGUCCCGGGCUCGGACCCUCCACCUCCGGUGGAUACAGCGCGAGCUCUGCGCCCGCGGGAUUACUCUCAGCGCACAGCGGCUAUUUCGUGGCAGGAGCGCAGCAGCAGGUUCAGGUUCAGGCUCAGGCGCUCCAAAGCAGCUCAGCAUGUUAUGGGAUCUCGAGCUCACCGCCGCCGCCGCCGCCGCCACUGCUCGCGGAUUCUCGGACCGCGUUACCGUCUUUCUCCUCGAGCGGCUUUUCGGGGGUUUUGUCACAACAUAAAAGACUGGCGCCUCAUUCUUUCCUCAGCUGAGCGACUCACGUUUAAUGCACAGCUGAAAAAAACAAACAAGCAAACAAAACAACAACAACAACAACAACAAAAAGCCGACUUUUGAAUUAACGCACCCAGCGCUGUGAGUUUCAUCUCAGUCCUAACAUUUGAUUGAACCCUGAACUCUGUAACUGUUAUUUCGAGUUGAAAUAUGGAUAUUUAUUAAACACUGAACUUAAUUCAACACCUCGGGUUUUUUUUUAAAUUGUUAUUUUGUUGUUGUGCGUCAGAACCGAGUGGCACUAAAACACCCUUCAGUGGACAAAUUUUCCGUUUAUGUUACACAAGGACCAAGUCUGUGUCAAUUUCUUGCUUUUAAAAAAUAUAUAUAUUUAAAUAUUUAGUAACAAUGCAGCAGGAACUGAACGACGUCAUGCCAAAAUUCAACACAUAAUAAUAAUAAUAAUAAUAAUAAUA